GUGGAAAUGGAAGAAUCAUCUUCGCAAACACGAGUGAUGUCAAAUGCUCUUGCUUUCCCAAGUUUGAACGUCUCCUGUCCCAAUGGACUAGUAUUAACUUUCCUUGGCGAACGUUUUGGAGAUUUGAAGAGUGAAGCCACUACAGCUGAAACUGAGAAAGAGUUGGUAAAGAAAAGUGAGGCCAAAGCAGAUGAAGCCAAGGAAGAGAAGGCUGAGAAAGGCAAGGCCAAAGCACGUGAAGCAAAGGAGGAAGAGGUUAUGGAAAGUGAAGAGCAGGAACAUCAGGUUACAGAAGGUGAAAUAAAGCACAAAGACACCAAGAGAGAACAGAGCAAGCAGCCUACUCUGGAAAUUCUGGUUAGGCAGAGUUAUCCCCAAAAGGUAAAGAACUUUCAUCUACAUACGUCUGUGGCAAGGCGAACAGAACAAGAGAUGUCAAGAGUCAUCACCAGCCAAGGAACUGUCAUAAAGUACAUGAUGGAUGGAUCUACCCAGGUUCUGUUUGCUGAUGGCACAGUGAGUAGGAGUCCUGAUUCUGGCCCUGUCCUUCCACCUCCUGCACUUCCAGAUAACAUGCAGCUGUUCCCAGAAUCGGAGCCUUUGCCUGAGACCAGCACUAAGAAGGGAAAAGGCAGGGACAGAAACAGUGUAUCACACCCAACCAAGGAUGAGUUGUUUGAAAAUACUGUUCAGGGUCUGGUUAAUUCUGAGCAACCUAAGGAGAGCCAGGCAGGAACCUGGGUAACAACUACUCCGUCAGGCAUUCGAGUGGGCACUGAGGGAGCGCAGAGAACGGAUCCGAAGCCACUCUUGAUCUAUCGGGCGACUGACCCAGCUGAUGGAACGGUCAUGACUGUACGAGACGAUGAAGUGAUAAUUGUUGAGAAGCUGGAUGGUAGCAGAGUAGUAGAUCAUGCUGAUGGUACUAGGAUCACAACUUUCUAUCAAAACUGUGAAGACCUUUUUGUACCUGAGGAUGACGAGGAAACAGCUGAACCCUCAGAAGCCAUCCCAAGGAAGGUGAGAUGUGUGCAAGUAGAGAAUCCCGAGUUUGCUACUGUUACAAGGAAUUGUGAGGACGGUACCUGUUGUACCGUCUUUGGAGAUGGCACAUCUAUUAUAGCCAAGCCACAGGGAACUUAUCAGGUUUUACCCAUGAAGACAGGCUCUCUUUUCAUUGAUGAAGGUUGCUCAGCAGUUUAUACCCAUGAAGUUUACAAUUUCAGUAGCAAGAAAGAAGAGAAACAAGCAGGGAGAUACAUCAUGAAACACACUUCCAGCACUAUUUGUGAGAUGAUGGAUCCUGAAGGAAAUCUUUUCAAGGUUAUGGCUGAUGGCAGCACGUCUGUGUGUGUUCCUGGCAUUGACUCCGGUGACCAGGAGGACAGGAGCUCAGCAUCAGCGCUUCCAGAAGUUACCAAACCUGGCACUUACGAUGCACAUGUCCCCAGGUUCUUCAUCGUCCACGCGGAUGGUUCCGGAACCGAGCUCCUGCGGAGCAGGGAUGUACAUGAGUAUCUUGCCGAAGCCGGUCGUGAUCCCGCUGCUGCUGUCUUGCAGGACCCUGUACAAGGACAUCCAGGUGUUUUAAGUAUUACUGUCCUCCGCCCUUUGGCCGAAGGCUCCCCCUGGGAAACGAAGAAAGAACCAGAGAGUAUUGUUCCUCCAAAUCUUCAGUCAAGGACCUGGGACACGUUUUGCCCUUCUGAGGGGAAGAUCACAGGUCCUUCAGUCAGAAGACCUGUUUGGAGGGGUCUCUGCAUUGGAUCCAGAGAGCAGACGUGCUUGCCAGUACCUGUGCGGAAAUGUCCCAGUAAACUGCAGGUCCGCCAGCUGUUCCAGUACCAGCCGCUCAGCGAUGAGUUAAGAGAAAAGCUGCAGCUUUCCCUCAAGGAGUAUAUAGACAACAUUUUAAAGCAGGAAAAUGAGCUGGAAGAGAUGAAUGUAAAAGAACCAAGAACAGACGAAGAAAAGGAGAACGCUGCAAGUCUCCUCGAACUGGUUACGUCCUUCCCUAACUGGGAGAAGUCAACUGAAAAUCUCGGCGAUGGAGCUCCCAUCCCCGGGCUGUAUGAACAGGCAGUGGCUUCUCCUCACCCGUGUCACGCAGAGGGGACAGUCAGUAAAGAAAGAGAGGACCAACAGCAGAGGUCCAGCCCAGAAGAAGUAACACCAGUGUCCAAGUGGCAGAGCAGACUAGAAGAGCACAGGAAGGAACUUGAUGAAGAAAAGAAGUCCUUAAUGGCAAUACGAAACAAAAUAAUUCCUCCGUAUUUUGAAUCGGAAUUUGGCAAGGAGUUUUUCCGGAAAAAGUUUCCUGAUGUGGAAGCACUGUCUAAGGAACUUCCUCCAGUUCAAAAAAAAGAAAGUCAGAAUUUCCCUCUGGAGAUGAUCGAAAAACCCAGUAGAGCGUCUGAAUGUCUCAAUACCGUGAGUGAUUCCUCACCUUCACCUGGCCUUCUGCUGCAGGGGCACCCAACACAAAAUGAAGGUCCAAGCAGCACAACAGACCUAAGCAAGGCUGCAAGAUCGCAGGAGACACCCUUAGUUCAGAGUCUGCUGGUGAAUGCUGCAGGACAGCCUAGAAAAGAGAAAGUGAAAUUACCAUCAUCCCUUCAGGGCAGAAAACCAAACUCCAUACCAAAUAAAAAGAUAGAAGAUCCUGUCGCAGGAAGGGUCAACACAUCUUCUCUUGCAACAAGAAGACAGCAUCAUAGUGGCUUCCAUCUCAUUCCACCCAGAGUGACGCUUGGAGUACUCAAGGAAGGCUGCACUUACGCGGCCACUGUGAUCCUGAAGAACGUUGGUGUGAACUUCUCAAGGUUUCGGGUGAAGCAACCACCUCCGCACACGGGGCUGAGAGUGAUGUACGCGCCAGGACCAGUGGCAGCAGGCUUGCAGGUUGAACUGGAGAUAGAGAUUUUUGCCAUGGUAAUUGGAGGGGAAGAUACUGGUGGCCUUGAAGAAAUUUCCCAUGAUGUUGAAAUAUUAACAGAAGCAGAGACUCUUCUCCUGCCUGUGAGGGCAACUGUGUUAACCAGGGACCUUUAUGAGUGCCGCCCACCAGGGUACCCCCAGGGAGGGGCGGCAGCAGCAGUCCGGGUGCUUCCCACAAGCCCCCUGCCGCGGUUCCGCAUCGCGCUACCCCGCCAGCUUUCUGG